CACAAACUUUUUUACACUCUCUCUUCCCUUCUCUUCUUUCUACUCACGUUCAUCGUUCAUCAUAACCAUAACCAUAUAGACAAUGGGUCGCGUUCGUACAAAGACUGUCAAGAGAGCCUCCAAGGUUCUGAUCGAGAAGUACUACCCUCGCUUGACGUUGGAUUUCCAGACCAACAAGAAGAUUGCCUCUGAGGUGGCCAUCAUCCCCUCAAAGCGUCUCCGCAAUAAGAUUGCUGGUUUCACUACCCACUUGAUGAAGCGUAUCCAGCGUGGUCCUGUCCGUGGUAUCUCCUUCAAGCUUCAGGAGGAAGAAAGAGAACGUAAGGAUAAUUACAUCCCCGAGUUCUCGGCCUUGGAUACCUCUGCUAUCGAGAUCGAUACCGAGACCCAGAACUUGCUCAAGUCCUUGAACUUUGAAGAAUUAGCUGGUGUCACUGCCGUUGAAAUCAAACAGGCCCCCGUCGAGACUCGCAAGCCCCGUGGACCCCGUCCAGAUCGUACUUGAAGAAAGAAAAAAAAGAAUAAAAGACCUUUUUAGGAACAAGA